CCCAGCUCACUAAUAGUAAACUUAAUGGAGGGGAGGGGGGGGGAGAGAGAGAGAGAGUAAGCAAGCAAACCUGAGCAAACAUUGAGCUCUGAGCUGCUGGGAUGUUUCACAGCCCAGAAGAUGAAUAACCCCAAUCUUCAAGGUGGUCACAUCUCUGAUACGUCUGACUUCAGGAAACCUUCCGUGAAGAGACCUAUUGCUGGCUCCCACAAGAGCCACAGGUCCAAGAUUUCCUGCUGUGCUUCUAGUGUUCUCGUUUGCCUCUCCUUUGCCUUGUGCCAGGUUGGGGUACUUCUGGGACACCCCCAGUGCCUAGAUUAUGGGCCUCCUUUCCAGCCUCCCUUCCAUCUGGAAUUCUGCUCUGCCUAUGAGACAUUUGGUUGCUGUGACCAGGACAAGGACAACAGCAUCGCAGCCAGAUACUGGGAGAUUAUGGAUUACAUUGAUCCCCAUGCCCACCAAGUGUGCGGAAGAUACAUCAAAGAUAUCUUGUGCCAGGAAUGCUCCCCCUAUGCAGCACAUCUCUAUGAUGCAGAGAAUCCUCAGACGCCACUGCGGAACCUCCCUGGUCUUUGCUUUGAUUACUGCUCGGAGUUCCACUUUUACUGCCGUUCAGCCAUCACGUUGCUCACUAACGACAAACACAUCCAAGAAUGCUGUGAGAGGAACAAGACCCGCUUCUGCAAUCUCCUCAAUAUCCAGGAUGAAGACUAUUGUUUCCCUGAUGUGCUGAAAAACACAGACCUGAAUCGCAACCUGGGCUCUGUGGUGGCAGACAACCAAGGCUGCCUUCAGCUGUGCCUGAAAGAGGUGGCUAACGGCCUGAGGAAUCCGGUGCUGAUGGUGCAUGCCAACGACCACACCCACCGCAUGUUUGUGGCAGAGCAGGUAGGCGUCAUCUGGGUUUAUCUUCCAGAUGGAAGUCGGCUGGAAGAGCCUUUCCUGGAUAUGAAGAAGCUGGUGCUGGCCACUCCCUGGUUAGGAGAUGAGAGAGGCUUCCUAGGGAUGGCCUUCCACCCCAAGUACAAAGACAAUAGGAAAUUCUACAUCUAUUACUCAUACCAAGACAAGAAUAAAAAGGAGAAAAUCAGAAUCAGUGAACUCAAGGUCUCUGUAUCUGAUGUCAACAAGGCUGAUCCAGACUCAGAAAGGAACCUUUUAGAAAUUGACGAACCAGCAGCAAAUCACAAUGGGGGACAGAUCCUCUUUGGCCUGGAUGGCUACAUGUACCUGUUUACAGGGGAUGGAGGGAAAGCUGGGGACCCUUUUGGUAAAUUUGGAAAUGCUCAGAACAAGAGUAGUUUAUUAGGAAAGGUUUUGCGGAUAGAUGUGGAUGGACAAAGUUCCGACACGAAGCCGUAUCGUAUUCCCCUGGAUAACCCAUUUACCUCUGACCCCAAAGCUCUCCCAGAAGUCUAUGCCUAUGGGGUGAGGAACAUGUGGCGUUGUUCUGUGGACAGAGGUGACCCGGUCACUCGCAAAGGGAAGGGAAGAAUAUUUUGUGGUGAUGUUGGCCAGAACAAAUUUGAAGAAGUGGACAUAAUUGUUAAAGGUGGAAACUAUGGUUGGAGAGCCAAGGAAGGAUUUGAGUGCUAUGACAUCAAACUUUGUCACAAUUCUUCCUUAGAUGACAUACUUCCAAUAUUUGCCUAUGGCCAUUCUGUGGGGAAAUCAGUCACUGGAGGGUAUGUGUACAGAGGGUGUGAAUCCCCAAAUCUGAAUGGCCUCUACAUUUUUGGUGACUUUAUGAAUGGUCGACUGAUGGCUUUGCAGGAAGAUGAGAGAGCAAAUAAGUGGAAGAAGCAAGACAUUUGCAUUGGUAGCACUAAAGCCUGUGCUUUCCCAGGGCUACUCAGCUCUUAUAGCAAGUUCAUCAUCUCUUUUGCUGAGGACGAAGCAGGUGAGCUCUAUUUUUUGGCUACAUCAUACCCCAGUGCCUACGCGCCUCAUGGCUCUGUCUACAAAUUUGUAGAUCCUGCAAGGAGAGCUCCGCCAGGGAAGUGUAAACAGAAGCCUGUUCCAGUGAAAACAAAGAGUAAGCGAAUCCCAUUCACUCCACUUGGAAAGACUGUCCUUGAACUGCUUAAUGAGCCUCCUCCAAGCCGGUCUCCUAAAACCGCCACCAACUCCACCGAAGCACCCCCGAAGUCUUCCAGCCCCAGAUCCAAGACAUCUGCAUCCUCGCAGGGCUCCAAACGCCAAGCCGCCAAGCCAGAGGGGUCUGCUAAAAAGCAGCAGGCAGCACCAAGCACCAAAGCUCGGGAAUCCAAGGCAAAGUCUGAUAGGCAGGAACAUAAGAGCAGGGCUCCGUCGGUCUCUAAAGCAGUGUCUUCCCCACCAAAGAGGAAAGGCUCACAGUUAACCAAGAAGAAACGUCCCCGUGCCCCAAAGAAGAGAACGCAAAAGAAGAGGAAGAAGAAGAGAGCUCAAUAAGUGCCUUUUGAUCUACCAGGCCUCAAAGAACUGAGAGAAGUGUAUGUAGAUGAGAGUGCCGGGCAUUCCAUGUUGCUCCUACAGCCUGAUCCUACGCAUGUUUACCCAGGAGUGAAAAGUCACAGUAGCCCUAUUCAGACAUUAUGUCAUACAAGUGUACUCAUGUCUGUACACUUGUACAUGGUUUUGUGCGAAUGAGUGUCCCUGUGUUCAUGUUAAAAGUGAAUUUGG